CUGACCUUCCAACAGCCUGCUCCGUUGGUCAAGGUCGACGCGCACGCGGAAGCCCGUUUCUCGAGAUCGUUUAGCCUCACGCCAGCGCAAGAGAUACCACCGGUACUUUUUAAUGUCCAGAAUUCCAUUGGAUCAUCCCCCUUUCGAAACUACCCCCACGGGAGACGACCACACUCUACGGGGAAGGACCCACGACAAGUCUACUCGGCAACGGCCAGGACGCAGAACUCUUUUCAGAACCAGAUCAUCCAGACCCAAGGCAGAGCUAAAAUGGAGAAAAGGGUGCAUCUGUCCGCGGGUGACUCUGAAUCGGACUCGCUGCAAAGAGAAAUCUCGGUACAGGACUCGAC